UGCAAAUUCCUACUGACUGCUCUAUUUUCACAGUCACACGUAUCUACAUCUACAGAGGUCUGAGAACUGUAGCCGUUCAAAAGCGAAAGUACAAAAGUGAUGUUCCCACCACCAGCAGCCUAUCAGCGCAUCGUUGGCCUUUUACACACGAUGACCUAAACUAAACGUACAAGGGAAACAGCCUUGUCCGCAAUCACAUGGCUUGUGGGAUAGAUGUGGACCACGGGCCACCAUUUGAACCACCAAAGUGAGGUAUUCUACUGUAAUUUCAUCUGUUUUCUUAGGACAGAAAAAUGAAAGGACAUUUUUACACUUGUAUACUAUAUACCAUUGUUUCCCAAAGACUGGGUCGUGACCCUCAGGUGGGUCGCAAGAGGGUUUUUUUUUGGGUCGUCUCGCAUCAUGUUUCUCAGAAGUUUACGAAUAAUGUCUACUGACUCGGGUCGUGAAGGUUUGUGAUUUUUAUAAUCUGGGUCCUCAGAAAAAAUGUUUGCGAAACACUGCUCUGUACUGUAUAAAUAUAUAAUGUACUAGUUUCUCUCUGUCUACAGAUGAGUCCCAUGUCGCCACUCAGUUGUCUUGUUUUACACUCGCUCACAGAGGCCGGGAGAUCAGUUGUCAUACUUGUUAAGCAUUCCACCCAAAGGUGUUUAUUUAUAGCUCACGGCCGUGAUCCCCCUUUAUCUGGACCAGAGCGAUUGUGGCUCCGAGUGAAGCGAUUGUGUUUCUGCGUCUACACUUUUUCAGCCAACGACACAGCACCUGCAACAGCAGAGCAGCUUUAUCAAUGGGAAACUACAAGUCCAGACCUUCUCAGACGUGCACAGACGAGUGGAAGAAGAAGGUGGGAGAGUCGUAUUCUGUCAUCGUUGAGAGGUUGGAAGAUGACCUGGAGCUUAAAGACACUGAGGUUGCAGACCUCAAUCUAGCCUUUGGUUCUGAGGAGGCUUUUCGGAAGGUGAACAUCAACUACAGGACAGAGAAAGGGCUGUCACUGCUGCAUCUCUGCUGCGUAUGUGAAGGAAACACUAACCACAUCAGAACCCUGAUGCUUAAAGGCCUGCGCCCCUGCCGACUGUCGAGGAACGGAUUCACUGCACUGCAUCUGGCUGCUUACAAGGACAAUGCUGAGCUGCUGACUGCACUUCUUCAUGGGGGCUCUGAUGUGCAGCAGCUGGGGUACGGGGCCCUCACUGCCUUACAUGUUGCUACUCUAGCAGGAAACCAUGAGGCAGCAGACAUCCUCCUACAACACGGGGCCUGCGUGAAUGUGCAGGACGCUGUGUUUUUCACUCCGCUGCAUAUCGCUUGCCACAACGGCCACGAGGAGGUAGCAAAGCUGCUGCUGAAGUUUGGGGCAGAUGUCAAUGUGGGCGGAGAAGUGGGAGACCGGCCGCUGCACUUGGCUGCCGCCAAGGGAUUCCUCAACAUCGUCAAGCUGCUGAUGGAAGAAGGAAGCAAAGCUAACGUCAACGCUCAGGACAACGAAGACCACGUCCCUCUUCACUUCUGCGCUCGCUUUGGUCAUCAUGAGAUUGUGCGUUUCCUCCUGCAGGGCAACUUUGACGUGCAACCUCACUCUGUCAACAUCUACGGGGACACGCCUUUACACCUGGCCUGCUACAACGGCAAAUUCGCAGCAGUGAAGGAACUGGUGCAGCUCUCUGGCACAGAGAGUCUGCCCAAGGAGAACAUCUUCAGCGAGACAGUACUUCACAGUGCAUGUACCUACGGAAAAGACCUGGAGAUGGUCAAGUUCCUGCUCAGUCAGAACGCUAUGAGCAUCAACCAUCAGGGCAGAGAUGGACACACAGCCCUUCACAGCGCCUGUUUCCACGGCCAUAUUCGCCUGGUUCAGUUUUUGCUGGACUGCGGUGCAGACAUGAACAUGGUCGCCUGUGACCCCAGCAGGUCCAGUGGGGAGAAGGAGGAGCAGACCUGUCUAAUGUGGGCGUAUGAAAAAGGUCAUGAUGCCAUUGUCACCUUACUGAAACACUACAAACGCCCGGACGACACUCCCUGCAAUGAGUACUCCCAGCCAGGAGGUGAUGGGUCCUACGUUUCUGUCCCAUCUCCUCUGGGGAAGAUAAAAAGCAUGACAAAAGAGAAGGCAGAAGUCCUCCUGCUCAGGGUCAGCCUUCCGUCCCAGUUCCACCUUCAGCUGUCUGAGCUGGAAUUUAACGAAAUUAUUGGAUCAGGCUCCUUUGGCAGAGUCUACAAAGGCAAAUACCGGAAUAAAGUUGUGGCCAUAAAACGCUACCGGGCCAACACGUACUGCUCCAAGUCUGACGUGGACAUGUUCUGCAGAGAAGUCUCCAUCCUCUGUCGUCUCAAUCACCCCUGCAUCAUCCAUUUCGUCGGGGCGUGUCUGGACGACCCCAGCCAGUUCGCCAUCGUCACACAGUACGUCUCCGGAGGCUCACUGUUCUCCCUGCUGCACGAGCAGAAGAGGCUCAUCGACCUGCCGUCCAAGCUCAUCAUCGCCAUCGACGUGGCCAAGGGCAUGGAGUACCUGCACAACCUCACCCAGCCCAUCAUUCACAGGGACCUCAACAGUCACAAUAUUCUGCUGUAUGAAGACGGACACGCAGUGGUGGCUGAUUUUGGAGAAUCCAGAUUCCUACAGUCUGUAGAUGAAGAUAACAUGACCAAGCAGCCAGGGAACCUACGAUGGAUGGCUCCGGAGGUGUUUACCCAGUGCACCCGGUACUCGGUGAAAGCAGACAUGUUCAGCUACGCCCUCUGUCUGUGGGAGCUGCUCACUGGAGAAAUUCCCUUCGCUCACUUAAAACCUGCUGCAGCCGCUGCCGACAUGGCGUAUCACCACAUCCGGCCUCCCAUUGGCUACUCCAUCCCUAAACCCAUCUCUGCCCUUCUGAUGCGGGGCUGGAACGCUUGUCCAGAGGACAGGCCUCAGUUCUCUGAGGUGGUUUCCAGCCUGGAGGAAUGCUUGUGCAAUGUAGAGCUGAUGUCUCCGGCCUCAAGUAACAGCAGCGGCUCGCUGUCGCCCUCGUCCUCCUCCGACUGCCUUCUGGGCCGAGGGGGACCGGGUCGGAGUCACGUGGCCGCCCUUCGCUCUCGCUUUGAGCUGGAGUACGCGCUCAACACGCGCGCUUACGGUUCUUGGAGUGAGCGACGGCGAGCGUCCGGAGGUCUCUCACUGGAGGAACUAAGGAGGACUAUGCAGUUUCCUCCCAUUGAUAGAAAUGGAUACGUGUCCGACCCCAUGAGCACCGUGAGAUUCUGUUCCUCCUUCAGCAGCAGCGGGAGCUUUGAGGACAGUAACUGACGCUCCGUGUUGUUGAUUUUAUUUCGUUUCUUUGUGACACGCCCUGUUCCUGUGCAAGGAUUUAAUCCUAGUCCAAAUGUACAGGUGGUUUUCAACUGAUACGGUAUAAAGUACCAGCAGUAGUGAAAAAAUGAACGUUGUGACGGGAUUGUUUACGUUUUCCUCAAAUAUCUCCACUUUACCGUCGUGAUAUUUGACAUCUACGGCAGUUUAGGUCUCGUGUGUGUGUGGUUCUUGUAAAUAUUUGGUUCUUGUUUCUGAAUUCAUGUCGUUGGUUUCGUUUGUGUCAGUAAAGUAUUUUUUGGUUGUCGUUGAAUUUUUUUUACAUCUAUCUUUGUGGAAAAAUCAUACACUGCAAACUGUCUGACUUUACACACACCCUAAUGGAAUGGUUUGGUUGGUACGAGCAGCAUCGUUUAAAUAGUUUAUAGCACUAUGCAAAUGAUGUAAGUAGUUAUGUUGUUAAGGAACAAUGUUGCCACAAGUAGCAAUUAAAAUUUGUUUUUACUUUCGACGGUAUGUAAAGUAUUUGUAGCGUUACACCACAGGUGCUAAAGGAAACAGAAGCAGAAACAGCUCUGCCACCAAGAUGGAGAGUGGUGAAACACAGUUCCAAAUCCCAAGUCAGACACCAUGGUAACACUAAGCACAACAACAAUACAGUAAGUAGUUACAUUAGCAUCGGCCAGGUCACAGGGGGGUGGAUUUCAAACACUGUUGUCCUCCUAACAUCUUCAUAAAAGAUUGAAGAUUUGUACACAAAACGGUCGACGAAGAAACUUAGAAAGAGAAAGAAACCCAGCAGUGCCAUCAGUCCAGAAAUGACAAAAAAAAAACAACAACAAUGGGACCCAAGAAAACUUGUCUACUGUCCAGAGUAGUCUGAUGAGACGUGGUCAUCAUGGAUGACCAAUGGAGCUGAAGUACAGAAAACAGUUUAAAUCAUUGUCUCCUGGAUCAUGGUGGAGGAUGUCUACGAGGUUAGGGCUGCAUUUGUAGCAAAAAGUGUCUGAGUCCAGAGCUAAUAAUCGCAAGCAAAAACUAUUCAUUUAAUCGUGCAAAUCCUUAGCAGCAG